AUACUUAUAUAUAGUCAGAGCCUCUCUCAUCUGAUAAGAAAGUCACGGUAAGAGUAGGGAAGAUAAUAUACGGCAACGCACGAUCGCGCUCUGUGUUCCCACGUUUAUACGCCAGUCGAUAUGCUGAGGUUCAUCAAGAUGGAUGUCACAACAUCGUGGUCACGAUUAUUUAUAAUAACAUUUGGAUUACUCGUAUUGCCCAGUCAAUGCCGUAAAUCGGACGUGUUUCAGGAUACUUUGGGGCAUACAAAGUCACAUACUUUGCCAGAAAUUCAGGCGAAAGCAGCUGAAGAUGUCGCGGAAAGACUGCUGGGUAAAGAGAUAUCUAAAAUGUUUAUUAUGAGGCUGAAUACCGAUUUGGGACCUGUUGACAAAGAUACUUUCAAGAUAACAAAAAAUUCUCUAGGCAAGAUCGAAAUUCGCGGCACUUCCGGAGUGGCGAUCACCUGGGGUUUGCAUUAUUACUUGAAAAACUAUUGCAAUGUUCAUAUAUCAUGGGACGGUACACAAAUUACGCUGCCAACUACCCUGCCGGAAGCUCGCGUUAAAAUUACAUCGAAUGAUAGAUUCAGGUAUUAUCAGAACGUGUGCACCGCGGGUUACAGUUCAGCCUGGUGGCAGUGGCAACAAUGGGAAAAAAAUAUCGAUUGGAUGGCCCUGAAUGGGAUUAAUCUUGCCCUCGCUUUCACUGCGCAAGAAGCGAUCUGGCAAAGACUCUAUCAAGAAUUGAAUCUGACGAAAGAGGAGAUCGACGAGCACUUCAGUGGACCUGCCUUCUUACCCUGGAUGAGGAUGGGCAAUAUGCGUGGUUUUGGUGGACCAUUAACAUCAAAUUGGCACAAUCACACCAUACGCCUGCAGCACCAGAUUCUUCGAAGAAUGAGAGACCUCGGAAUCGUCCCAGUAUUACCGGCAUUCGCCGGUCACGUGCCGCGUGCUUUUGCCAGACUUUUUCCGAAUGCUAAUAUGACGAAGAUCGAUACGUGGAAUAAAUUCCAAGACAAAUAUUGCUGUCCUUAUUUGCUAGAACCGACGGAUCCGCUGUUUCGCGUGAUUGGAGAAAAAUUCCUUCGAAUGUACAUCGACGAGUUUGGUACCGAUCAUAUUUAUAAUUGCGAUACUUUCAAUGAAAACAAACCUAGUGACACUGAACUUGUCUACUUGCGAAACGUCGGCCGUUCGAUUUUCUCAGCUAUGAAUGCAGUCGAUUCUAAGGCGAUAUGGUUAAUGCAAGCUUGGUUGUUCGUACACGACAUUACGUUUUGGAAGAAGUCCAGAGUAAGAGCCUUUCUGACCUCAGUACCUACGGGACGAAUGUUGGUGCUAGACCUGCAAUCAGAACAGUUUCCGCAGUACGGUCGAUUGAAAUCGUAUUACGGUCAGCCAUUUAUUUGGUGCAUGCUGCACAACUUCGGCGGCACCUUAGGAAUGUUUGGCUCCGCGCAAAUCGUUAAUCAGCGCACAUUCGAGGGUAGAAACAUGAAUGGUAGUACUAUGGUGGGAACCGGUUUGACACCUGAAGGUAUUAAUCAAAACUACGUAAUUUACGAACUGAUGAAUGAAAUGGCAUAUCAUCACGAGCCCGUCGACCUGGACAAUUGGUUCGAACGUUACGCUAUUCGAAGAUACGGCGCGUGGAACGAGUAUGCGGUGGCUGCUUGGCGACACCUCGGCAGAACAGUUUAUAAUUUUAUCGGCACGCAAAAAAUCAGAGGACAUUACGUUAUUACCAGACAGCCGAGUUUAAAUAUUUCACCAUGGAUCUGGUAUGAUCGAAAAAGUUUCUAUUCUAUGUGGAACGUAUUUUUGAAAGCGAGACAUGGUAGAGGAAAUAGUACUCUCUACAGGCAUGAUGUGGUUGAUAUAACCAGACAAGGUCUUCAACUAAUGGCUGACGAUAUCUACAUGACCAUAGUAAACUGCUAUAAAAAUAAGAACGUUACUGCUUUUCAAUCGUCCGCAAACGCUCUGUUGGAAUUGUUCGACGACCUCGAAUCUAUUCUGGCAUCAGGAAGUAAUUUUUUGCUGGGCACCUGGCUAACUCAGGCAAAAGAUAUGGGUGUCGACGAUGAGGAGAGACGAUCUUACGAAUAUAAUGCAAGAAAUCAAAUCACCUUGUGGGGCCCAAAUGGCGAGAUCACAGACUAUGCUAACAAACAAUGGUCGGGGGUGAUGGCGGAUUACUUUAAGCCCAGAUGGGAGCUUUUCUUAAAGGCUCUCGAGAAAUCACUGAUCGAAGGAACCAAAUUCAACGCCACCGAGAUUAACAAUCGAAUAUUUCGUGAAAUAGCACAACCUUUCACUUUCUCCAGGAAGCUUUAUCCGGUAGAGGCGAAAGGUGAUACUAUUGAUAUAGCAGUGAAAAUAAUUUCCAAGUGGUACAAAGAAGAGUCAACAUUAUCAUCACUGUUAAAAUCAUCAAAUAGAAAGACAGAGUGAAACAAUGGCGACUUUAUCUUCUCUUUUUCUUUAGAUAAGAUUAUGUUAAGAAAAAUAUCCAACGACAUUAUUAACAGAAUUACUUUCAUAUUUUGAAUACGCGUUUCCUCAGCUUUUAUAUUUACGUUAAUUAUUAUAAAUAAAAAUAUU